GUUGAGCAAUUAAUCGAGUGUGCAUCUCUCGAUUCGUUUGUCGCGAGUGAGUAAGCGUACGUGACAAAGGGACGAUUAAAAGCGAGACGCGUCGGGAGACAAUUUUCUUAUUGGCACGCGUGUAAUUCGAACGCAAUAAUAAUACACAGCCCGUGCUGGUUGCCGUGAUAUCAGCACGCGUACGUGCACAUUUGCGUCACACUUGACGUACGACGGCUUGCACAGUGACAGCAAUCGCGUUGAAGUCUCUCACCUUGAAGUCCAUUCCUAUGAUAUCAUCACGAAACUGCGCUCACGUACCUAUUUCCUAAUGUAUUAUGCAAUAUUCGAGGUGUGCUGUCCUGCCCGAAUUGAAAUCUCUGUUUACUCCGUCAGGUGAAGUGACGUGUCAGGCACGCGCGCAAUUUUUCUAAGUCCGAGAAAUAAAACAUAUGCUUCAGAGUUUCGUUGACGUUCCUAGUGAAGUACGCUGCGUAUACUUUUGCGUCAUUGUUGCAUUAUGCUCAACUGAGUAACUUGGAUUGUACGCAAGUGCAUCCAAUAAUGUCAUCGAUUAACAGUGUUGAUCCCCAUGGGACGUUACAGUGGGAUAUGAUGGAAUUGGCCCGUCAUUUGCGACAAGAAAGGCUGUUCGUCAAUUCAGAACAGCAAAACUUGCAAACCCUUAACGAACGGGUCUUGUAUAUGUCGUCACAAUUAGCGCAGCAAGCAUGGAUAACCGCGCAACAGAGAGUCAAUCUGAAUCGUUUGAUAGUGGCAAGACCAGAUUGUACUCCAGCAUCGUGUUGCCUAAGAGCGAACGCACUGGAAAAUUCGCACUUUAUCGACGCGUAUAAGUACCUGCGUUACCAGGCGUGCUUGUCUUACGGGGAGUUUUUGGGCGCAUUGCGAAAAUCGCCCAAGCUCCUCGCUUCGUGCUUGGUCGAAGGGGACAAAGUCACUCCGGAAUCGAUGCAGACGAUUGUGCAAUGCUUGGCCGCCGGAUUGUACGGCAGCUGUCUGUUACCAGAGGACAAAAGUUUGGUUCUCCAGUUGCUCAGGCACCUCAUGUUACUGCAGAUAAUCCCGUCUGAUAACCCACGAAGAUUGCUCAGGCACGGCACGUGCGCGUUUUCCAAGUUUUACUCGAUCUUUCACGAAAGUCUGUUUUCCGCAAAGCUUUUCCUCACGGCGGCUUUGCACAGCCCCAUCGUGCAAUUGCUCAUGGAGGACGAACCGUUUCUGGACAUCGACCCGGAUAAAGCGCCUAUUAGAUUUGUACCAGUGGAGAGAUUGAAGAAAUUUGGGAAGGAAGGCACGCCGGAAUAUCAAGCCAAGAUACAACGUUACAGACUGUGUAUAGUAAAUUCCUUGUAUCGUAUUACACAUAGAUUUAUUGUCAACAUCCGCGAAACGAUGCACUGCUUUCCUACGAGUGUCUGCUGGCUUGUAAGACAGAUGGCAGGGCUUCUCAGUAAGAAUGGGAACGUCGAUCCGAAGGAGGUACACGCUAUGUGCACUGAUCUUGUAUUCACGUACUUUAUUUGUCCUGCGAUAGUUAAUCCCGAGCCUUACGGCAUCACCGACGCACCGAUAAGCUACGUCGCGAGAUUCAAUCUCAUGCAAGUUGGGCAAAUUUUGCAAAUGCUCUCGCUACAAAAGUAUCAAAGUAUCGAUAGCAAGGUUAUUGACCUUUAUAAAAAGUUCGAAAAGGAUUCGGUGUCUUCCAUAAUAGAUUCAAUGUUGGACGGUGCGACGGAGGAACUGGAGGAAGAACCAACAGUGAUCGACAAUAAGCUUCAAGGCCUGUCACGAUCCGCAGCGCUGUUCACAGAGAGUGAAUUAAAUUCUUUAACUACGUUUCUGAAUACGAUCGUGGGUGAUAACAAUGAAGAAACGGUACCGCUCACGAACACGUUUGAUAAGAAACAAUUAGCGGAAAUGCUGUCGCAACUACCUUCAGGUUUACUGCAUAAUAACAGAUUGAGUAACAACGACUACCUGGAGACUCCGAACAAACGAAACGUUGCUGUAGGGAAAGGAAAAGGACGUGGUACGAAGAUGGCCACAUCAUUUUCACCAAAUGUGGCGAAUGAAAAUGGGGAGGAAACCAAGUAUUUCAAAUUGAGCAAAGAGUCUGCUACUCCCGAGGAGGAAACUAUGGAUAAGAAUUCUCAAGACGUGCUAGUCAUACCUUUUGGUCCGACAAUUGGGGAAUCUGUUGGGUUACUCAGUGAACAGAAAGUUUUAUGCAUGGAGCUUCAAAGUGGUAUGGGGAAUGGACCUGUUACUGUGAAUCUUCCUGAUGAUGCAUCUACUGAACAUACUAGACAGGAAAGCGGCAAUGGGGAACGUAUCGAAACGCAAGAGAAGAGGACACGAUUUUCAUUGUCACAUGAUGAAGUAUUGUUCGAAGGAUCGAUUGGCAAUACAUCUGAUAAUUUGGAAGCUGUAUCAGAAGCCGCAUCCAAUCACAGUGUCGCUUCUUCUCUGGAGUUAGAGACAGAAGAUCAAAAUGAUAAUCUCUCAGAUAUGGUGUCUGCUAAUGUGUCAGGAAGGGGAUCUCCUAAUAUAUCAGGUAGAGAUACGCCGUCAUCUCAAAUCAUGGAAGGAGACGAUGGACGUGCUGCAGGUGAAGUAAGGCAGCUGGAUUUGGCGCCGCCUAAUAUCCCAACGAAGCAAAGUCGAUCUGAAAUUGACGACAAAUUUUGCAAAUUUGAAAUUAAGAAGCUCAUUGAGGGAGAUGAGACUGUUUCUAUGGUGUCCGAUACUUGGUCUACGGAUGUGUUGGCCUCAGAUAGCGAAAUAGUUGAACAGCAGGAUAGAAUACCGCUCCCUGUCCCUCCCGAACAAGUCGCGCCUGUUUUGCCCGUCGAGCCUACGCCAACCUUGUUAGAUAUCAGUGAAACCGCCUCCGAAGCUUGGAGUACAGAUGUACUGGCUAGCGAUUCGGAAAGGCUGACCGAAGUAGAUACCGAUGAUACUGCUAGCGUUGCUAGGUCUGACGAUACAGCGAGGUCGGAGGUUGAGAUAGAAAGUCGCGCUGACUCCGAGGGGAAUGAAGAAACGCUUCAGUCUGCAACUCCAUUGAUUUCAGGUCCAGACAGUUCGGGCAUCAGUUUUUCGUCAUCAGUUUCGGGUACUCGCGAGGAUUCUGGCGUGGGGGCUUCGGUGGUGGUCCAUCCUUCUCCGACAACGUCUCCGUUACCCUUAUCGUCGAAUGUAACCGGCCGCGGUGGGACAAAAUCGGACUAUCAACGCAGCACAAUGGAGUACGUGGACAAGAACGCCAACAAUAUAAGCAAUACGGAUUACGGUAAACCGCUACGGGACGACGGGCUGGUUCAUCUGAUGGACAAGCUGCAAAUUGACAACGGUAAGCAAGUCGAACGUCAAGCAACUGCGCACGAUCACAUCGCUGCGGCUGCAGUCGCACCGGCAUUGCUGUUAGCUAAUCAUAUUUCUGCACCUGUUUUACCAGAGAAGCCCCAGAACGGUGACGCAAAAGCGGAGGAGUUGGACAGUUGUAUGGGAUCGGUUGGAGAUGGCGUAGGCCGUUUAAGCACGGCCAGCCUAACGUCCAGCAGCAGUUCCGGAUCGGAGCCACGAAUAAAGGGCAACACUUCGACGUCGGAGCUGCCAAUACCAACGGUUAACGGUAAUUGCGAUUCGGUAGACGCGAGUCCCAACUUUUCCAAGCCGAGUGCAUCAACGGGGGCGAUCCCAAAGAGCAUAAGUUUCGACAUGACAGCCGAGCGUGGCGACAAGGAGCUGUUGGACGACGAUCAGAAGAACAAGCGUGGGUUCUUCGGCAAAUUGAAGCUGUCGCUGAGGAAUCGUAGGGGUAAAGCAAUCCGUGGAACGGACGACAGAUGUUACGAUCGAGAAGCUGGUGGCGACGGUGUCGAUAUGUGCAGGCACAGAUUACGCAGGAUCAUGUCGGAGGAGGUGACGUCGUCCGGUAAUGGAGCAGGCGACACUACUGAUGACAUACUAGCAAAAUACAGGAGGAAACCGAGCGCGGCCAGUGAUACAGCUUCGGUCGAGAGCAAUCAGUCCCGCACGAAAGAGGUGGAAGAUGAGAGACUUUCAAUCGACCCGAAUAAUGUGGAGCUAUCUUACGCUUUCGCGGAUGCUAAACGGAAAUUACGUAUGGUGCUUAGCACUGCUGACCUUCAACACAUUCCAUGGAAUACUUCUGAGAGACAUUGCUGGUCGCAGAAAGAAAACGAGCUGGUCGCGUUCUUGCAAUUACAGUUGGCGGAAGCUAUAAACUUGCAGGAUAGAGCACUGAUAGCUCAUCUUCACGAAACCUUACGUUGCGUGCGUCUGUUCAAUGACGAUGGUUGUAGAAAGCUUUUUAAAUCUCUACGAGAGGAUUAUCAAAAGCGGUCUCCUUAUAUCGCGUAUUUAAUCAGAUGUCGUCAAGGAUUGCUGUCGACAUUAGCUCACUUAGAUAGGUUAUGCGUGCGAGUCAAGUGCGACCGGGAUGCAAUCAAUAAUCAUCUUGUAUCCGUUUGCGUACGGGUGUUCUUGGAGAAACGGGAAGCUUUCCUUUCGCGCUUUUGCGACGAAUUUAAAAAGCUCAAGUUAGCUGACGAGAAGCAAGACCUCGUGGAUAAUUUUCUAGGGAAAGUCCACGCCGAGAUGGACAACGAUCCAAUCUGGCAAUCGGCGUGCGCUAAUCAAUUGGAUCUGGCGAGAGUUGUGGUGGAGAGGACCGUCAUGGCACGGGUGUACCACAACGCGCUCUACCCAAAUGGAGACGGGGAUAUAUACAGGGACCUGCUGCUUCAGGAUCACAUAAAAAAGUUGGCGAAAGUCGUAACUCCAAAUCACAAGGACCUACGCAUUCCGAAGGUUUAUCAUUACGAAUGCCCCUGGCCAUGGGCGCAGGCUGAAUUGGCUGUGAUAUCGGCGUAUAAGACUCCUAGGGAUAAGCUGCAGUGUGUGUUUCGUUGCGCCACUACCAUCAUGAAUCUACUUUCCAUGGCGUCGGAAAGAGGGAUACCUGCCGCCGAUGACUUGAUUCCGGUGCUAGUCUAUGUCAUAAUCAAGACCAAUCCGCCGUCAUUGCUAUCGACUGUCCAGUACGUAGACAGCUUCUACAGAAAUCGGUUGGAGGGCGAGGAACAAUACUGGUGGACGCAGUUCUGUUCGGCGAUCGAGUUCAUCAAGACGAUGGAUUAACAGUUUCUCAGGAGUAUUAUGAUAAAUAAGAUUAGAUGCUGGUGAUACUGUAGAAAUGUUGUAUCAUAAUCAUAAUUUCGGCGAUUUCAUAAGGAAAAACGAAGAAGAAGAAGAAGACCAAUAUCUUGUGUAAAGCUAGCUGAACGAUUUUAUGCUUCCGGUAAUCUUGAUUAUGAUUCUGAAGUAGCAAUCUAACUAUGUUAGCUCUUUCGCACGUUAAUACGUAACAUUAGCAAAGACUGAAUAUCAGAUUGUACGUAAAGUAUGGCUUCACCCUUAUUUGUAAAUCUCUAUUGUACAAUUUCACAGAACAUCGAAAAAGAAACGUUUUAGAUAUUAUUCUAUAAUUUAUGUGUAAACAAUACAGAACUUACACAAUUGAUAACCAUUUAGCAGGA